GAACGUUCACUGCAGCCUUCUCUGGACAUUCCGGAUAAUCCGGAGCCACAGUUCCUCCCUGAAAUUGGAGAAUUUCUUGAAUUAUCCAACACAAAUCACCUCUGUGACCAUCCUUACAAGGUCACAAACGAACGCACUCGAUUGGACCUCCGAAAAUAUUUCUUGGUCAACGCGUGGUCCGACAUUGGAACUUGCUACCAAGCGAGACGGUUUCCGCUGACACAAUUGCGGAGACCAACGCGUGGUCCGACCUUGGAACUUGCUACGAAGCGAGACGGUUUCCGCUGA